AUGUUGAAAAGUGUAAACCCAAAGGCAUUCUACGAGAUCGGGGAGCAGCAAUAUCCUCCGUUAGGGUACAUUGUAAGCAAACCUGGGAAUGCAGGAGCCUACGAUAUUGACCCUCCGAUCCCGACCGUCGACGAUGCGAUUUACGGCUCAGACGAGUUUCGCAUGUAUGCUUACAAGAUCAAAAGGUGUCCUCGGACUCGUAGCCACGACUGGACGGAGUGUCCUUACGCUCACCGCGGCGAGAAGGCCACUCGCCGUGACCCUCGCCGUUACACUUACUGCGCCGUUGCAUGCCCAGCUUUUCGAAACGGUGCAUGUCACCGUGGCGAUACAUGCGAAUUCGCGCAUGGCGUGUUCGAGUAUUGGCUCCACCCGGCGCGUUACCGUACACGCGCCUGCAACGCCGGGAACUUGUGCCAGAGAAAAGUGUGUUUCUUUGCCCAUGCGCCGGAGCAGCUCCGGCAGUCUGAGGGAAAGCAUAGGUGCCGGUACGCGUAUAGGCCGGUGAGGACGGCAGCGGCGGCGAGAGGAGGGAACGGAGGUGGUGUUCUGGGGAUGAGAAUGGACGGUGAGGAUCAAGACACGUGGCGGUCUCCGGUUAAGAGAGGGGAAAGUGAUUUAGAUAGUAACGAGGAGAGGGUGUUGUUGAAGUGUUGGAGUGGGAUGAGUAUUGAUGAUCAUUAUGAGCCGUCCGAUUUCGAUUUGGAUUUGUCACAUAUUGGUUGGAUCUCGGAGUUGGUUGAUUAA